AACCACGCUGCGCGUGUGGUGCUAUAAAAUUCUGACAUAAGCUUUGUUUACAAAUUAUGUGCUGUCACCACUGCCGCCACAACCACACUUUACAGUGCAUAAGUUGAAAAAAGUGAGUAAAGUGCAAAUGGCGGCAAAAAAUUCCCAAAGGAUGCGGCAACUGGAAGAUCCGGAGAAUCCGAAUGAUCCGGGUGAGCAGGAUCAGAUCGAUGCCGAGGAGCUAAUCAACGAAGUGCAGCUGCAUGAUGUGAUCUACAACAAGCAAAACAAAUUACACUCGCGCAUCACUUCCACAGAAGCAGCGUGGGUGAAAUUGCAGAAGCCGUCGGUUCAACUCCUCAGCAAGUGGGCGAAACUCCGGAGAUGUUACCGCGAUGCACUUGCCAAAGAAAAUCUUCCGAGCGGAUCUGGAGCAGCAAGAGGAAGAAAAAAGUUUCCCUUUAUGGCCCAGCUGGAAUUCCUCCGGGAAUACAUGAUGAAAAAGCCGAAUACGGUUUAGAAUUUCGACGUUGAUCCCAAGCAACCCUCCCCAGCAUCAGCAGAUGGUUCCGGACCAUAUCGUGGGGAUCGAGACAAUGAUCCGGGAGUGUAUCGAGGUUUUUAAACGAAGAUGGUGUUCGAAUGGUGAACGCCCGAAAUGUCAAAAUCACGCAGUGGUACCAACU